AUGUCUAGAAGAAACAUACGAUUACCCGCUGAAGUCAGUCGAAUCCUUUAUGUCAGAAAUUUACCAUACAAAAUAACGGCUGAUGAAUUAUAUGAUAUUUUUGGAAAAUAUGGAACUGUUAGACAAAUCAGAAAAGGAAAUUCUGAAGGAACAAGAGGAACAUCAUUUGUUGUUUAUGAUGAUAUAUAUGAUGCUAAAAAUGCGUUAGAUCAUUUAUCUGGUUUUAAUGUUGCAGGAAGAUAUUUAGUUAUUUUAUACUAUGAUCCUGUUAAAGUACAAAAGAAAAAAGAAAAAGAAUUACAAGAAAAAUUAAAAAAUGAAAAUGAAUUGUCAUAA